UUGAAAUAUAAUUUAUAAAAGUUCCGUAUUACUUCUCGGUGACUUUAUCGAUCGUUGAUAACUAGACAAUUUGUAGUACGUUUUUUCGCCGUAGGAGGCGAACAUGUAUUUUUCUUUCUAUCAGUUAUUUCAUCUUCAUCUUCGAUAAACACAACAUAUUCGUAAAAUCAGUCAAACAAGUCGCAGGUAAUAAGUCCCCAUAGAUUUUCAUAUAUAAUUCGAUAAAAUUGUUUUUUAUUAAUUAACAUGUGGAAAUUCGUAACACGGGGCAUUCGUGAAACAUUAGAACGACGAGUAUGUCGUACCGAUAUUUAUUCGCAAAUUAUUCAAGACAACAAUACGAAAAAUGAAAUUAAAAAAAAAUCAUUAUCAUGUAAUCAUAAAUUUGUCGGAGCAAGUUAUUCCGCAUAUAAGAAUGGAUUUUGUGGAUCCACGAGAUCUAAAGGUGCCAAAGAUAAUAAUGAAGGUACUAAAUGGGAUACCAAACAUAAUUGGACCGAAGCAGUUGGCUGGUCUAGUGUAUUGGCAGUUGGUUGGGUAGUGUGCCAGUCUUUGUGUUUUCAUAGAAGAUUCUUUAAUAAAGAUAAAAAUGAAUUAUUAAAUUUUGAAACAUCGCUAUUAUCCCAGGCUCGCAUAUCUUAUCUUCUUAAUGAAAUUUUAAAUCUACAUCCAAAAAAUAUAUUACCCGUUACUAAUUGCAUAAAUGGCACUAAUAAAUAUAUUGGUAAAGAAAAAACUAAAGAGAUUGAAACCAAACAAAAAUUUGAAAAAUCUUUUGGACCUAUCACAGUCGAAGAGGCCUUCAAUGAAGCUGCAGAUGAGUUCAAUAAUGUUCAUAAAUUAGUUAUGGGAGAGCAGGAAUUGCAUUUUGGUUUAAAAGCACUUGAUGAAAAGCGUUACAAUGAUGCUGUGAGGCAUUUUUCAACUGGGAUAAAAUUUUCUUCGGUUGAAAGCAUGUUUAAUCUUGGUCUGUGUUAUGAAUUAGGACUUGGAACAUUGAUAGAUUAUACAAAGGCUGCAAGCUACUAUGAUCAAGCAGCAGAACAGGGUCAUGCUGAUGCAAUGUAUAAUUUAGGAGUAUUUCAUGCUCAAGGAAAAGGUGAUUUUAUUUUAGAUUUGGACACAGCACGUUUAUACUUUAAAAAAGCUGCACAAUUAGGUCAGAUUCAAGCACAACAAGCACUUGACUUAGAAAAUAUUGCAGAACAAUCGACAAGUAAUGAUGACGUUACAAAUGUUUCAAAUGAUAAAUAUUCAUUAAAAAUCAAUAAUUUUCAUUAUGAGAGAUCUAACAAGCUAUUUACAAAAAUAGCAAAUUAUGCUAAUACAUAUAGUAACCAAUCACAUACUGAAUACAAUAAAAAUUCAUCUGAAUGUCAAAGCAUAGACAUAGUUAAAAAUCCUACAGAAAUAUUUUUAGAUUAUUUAGGAUUAACAGAACCGAAUAUAGUUCCUGUUCCAAUUAGUUUAGAUGAGUGUAGAGUACAAUGUUAAGUACUCACAAUACAAAGUUUACAAUAUAAAAUACUUAAGUAAAACGUAAUAUAAUCCUGUAAUAUUAAGACAUGUAUGUUAAAAAGAAAUUAAGUUUUAAAUAUUUCA